UCAUCUCUGGGGAUACCGAAGAUAAACAUGGAUCAGCAGCCUCAUGUUCUGAUCUUGCCAUUCCCUGCACAAGGCCACAUCAAACCCAUGGUGGGCUUAGCAGCGCUCCUAUGCCACACUGGCCGGAUCCACGUCACCUUCCUCAACACCGACCACAACCACAGCCGCCUCACCCACCUACAAGCUCUCUCUACUCUUUUCCCAACCCUCCACUUCAAAUCCAUUUCCGAUGGCCUGCCCACCGAUCACCCUCGCACUCUCCAGUUCUUUCCAGAGUUAAUCUCCUCCAUCAAGUCCGUGACAAAGCCCCUCUUCCGCGAGCUGCUGGCUGACUCCAGCAGAAAGUCAGAGCGUCCGGUCACGUGUGUAAUAGCCGAUGGAAUUAUGUCUUUCGCUAUUGAUGUUGCAAAGGAAUUGGGAGUUCGCGUAAUCGCGUUCCGGACCUUCAGUGCUUGCUGCUUGUGGUCUUAUUUCUGUCUUCCGAACCUAAUUCAGGAAGGCCAGCUUCCAGUCGGCGCAGCCGAUGAAGAUAUGGAUAUGAUGGUGGCAGGCGUGCCAGGUAUGGAGGGUCUUUUGCGACGCCGAGAUCUACCGAGAAUUUGUAGAAUACAACUCAACGAUCCCCUCUUUCAAUUCUUCCUUGUGGAGACCCAGGCCAUGACUCGAGCUUCGGCACUCAUACUAAACACUUUUGAUGAUCUUGAAGCUUCGAUUCUCUCCCACCUCGCCCCUCUCUUUUCCAAAAUUUACACAAUUGGACCUCUCAAUGCUCUUAUGAGAUCCCGUAUUGGAGACGGAGUCCCGCGGUCAUUAUCGACCUUUAGUAAUUUAUGGGAGGCGGACAACAGUUGCAUGGCGUGGCUGGAUUCGCAGCCGUUAGGGUCCGUUGUUUAUGUUAGCUUUGGGAGCUUGGCGAUCAUGACACGUGGUUUUUUUAUGGAGCUUUGGCACGGCCUAGUCAAUAGUGGCAAGCGCUUUCUAUGGGCUAUACGGCGUGAUACGCUUUCGGAUGCAAAAGGUGAGCAGGCGAUUCCUGUGGAGCUUCAAGAGGGCACAAAAGAAAGGGGCCUUUUGGUGGACUGGGCUCCACAAGAAGAGGUCCUGGCCCACCCGUCCACGGGUGGGUUUCUGACCCACAGUGGCUGGAACUCUACCCUAGAGAGCAUUGUGGCUGGGGUCCCCAUGAUUUGUUGGCCCCAAAUUGGUGACCAGCAGAUUAAUAGUAGGUGGGUUAGUGAGGUGUGGAGGAUUGGCCUUGAUAUAAAGGACACUUGUGAUAGAUCGACGGUUGAGACGAUGAUAAGAACACUGAUGAAAGAUGGAAGAGAGGAAAUCAUGAUGUCAAUGGAUCGGAUUGCAAAAUUGGCUCGCGAUUGUGUUGGCCAAGGUGGAUCUUCGUAUCACAACUUGGACAUGCUUAUUGAAGACAUAGGAAAAAUAUGAUUCAUGAGUUAGAUGGGUGCAAGUUGCUUAAUUUUAAGAAAUAUGCUUAUGCUUAAUUCAUUGGUGUUAACCAUAAGAUUAUUUCUGAUCA